UCGCUCCGUCUCCAGCGAGGAGCGCUAGGGGCAAUUUUGUAAAUUAUCAAAUUCACCACUAUUCUCGCAGGCGAUAUUCCCGCCUCCCCCACAAACCUCCUCCAAAACCUUCCCCUAAAUCUCCGUAAACCCAAAUCUCUCUCUCUCUCUCUCUCUCUCUGCAGAGAUGCUGCAAGAAAUUGUCAAAAACCGCUGGCUAGGGUUUCUAAUCUGGCAAUCAAUCUGCUGCACUCCCACCUUCCUCUUCUAUAAAACCCUUCUCCUCUCUCCCCUCUUCUCUCUCCUCUCUCUCUUCUCCUUCCUCUCCUUCCAUCUUGCUCUCCUCCUUUUCUCCCUCUCCCUCUUCCUCAUAUCUUCCCCUCAUUCCGAUCCCUCCGCCUCCGUCUCCGACCUUACAGUCGGACUCCUCCGCUUCUUCCUGAGAUCGGUCGUUGCCGGAGGCUCUCCGGAUUUCUCGACCGUCGAUUUCCGCCGCCGCGCGAAGAAAUCCCUAGGGCUUCUUCUCUUUAUGGUCGGAUGCGUGUUCGCAGGGUCUCUUUCAGCUGUCUCCUUCUGCAGGGAAUCUGACCUGUUCGAUGGAGCAGGAUUGAUUGGGUUAUGUGUGCGGGGGAUUGUUUUCGGUGCUGUUUAUGGAUUUCAUUACGUUUACAAGAAGCGGUGGGUUUUAGUGUUUCCAAUCAUUCAGCGUCCCCUUUUCUUCAGCUUUAAGAUGGGGCUUCCUUCAUCUCUCAGACAAUCUUUGAAGCUAUCGAGUUCUGCUUUUCUAUUAUCAACUAUGUUAAUGGUACUUCUGCCAGUUCAGUUAAAAAGCAAGAGUACAAUUCUGCAAUUCAUUGCUCAACAGAUUAACUUUUACCUUGGGACUUGUGUUAUUUCUUUCUGCUGGGAACUAAGUCGGCAUUUACUUCAGGUACUGCAUACAAGGAGGUGCAUUUUUGCACCACCUCAAGGAUCAGCUGCUGCAGAAACAAAUCCAAGUGAACCUCUCCUUGAAGCUCUGGAACAGAGCAGUCCGAGGUCUCUUUAUCAGUAUCUUGCCUAUCUUGAUCUGUGUAUGGUUUCUGAGAGUAAUGUUGAUGCCUGGCGUCGAGCUGCCUUCUUUGAAGAAACUGGUGAGACUUACAGAAGAGUUAUGUCUCUAUCCUUGAGGCCUCUGGAACAGCUUACAUCAAGGCUAAGUGAAGGUUUAGAAGGAAGUUCAGCAGGCAAAUCAGAUUUAUUGUCCCAGCAAUUAUUGCCACCAACAGAUACUCUUGUGGACUCAAGGCUCUACGAAGCAUUCAAUGACAUCCAGCUGUGUGCGUGGUGUGCGAGGACAGUAACGGCUCUGACUGUGUGCUCCCACAGCGAAGAUAGGUUUGGAGUCGCUCAACUCACUGGCUGCAACGCUGCUGUGGUCUCAACGUUACUGUCCUGCCUGCUCGCUGUAGAAGCAUGUUUGGGGAAGAAAACCAACCCGCAACCCUCCCACUUGAUGGUUCCCGCGAAUAUCCGGUUUGCACCGGUGAACAUGGGAAGGAAAGAUGGUGCAACAGCUGUCGUGGGUAAAAAGAGAGGUGGUGCCUUGCAUGGUAAGGCCUACACCAUGGCUGAUGUUCUUAGGACAUCGGUUUAUGGGAUCAUAUCAGUUUUCCAUGACGAGAUGCAGGGGAAUGUUAAGGCAGCGAAUUUGGAGAAGGAUUGGAUUAUCAGGAGCAAACCAUUGUAUGGGACUCGGGAGAUCCUUGUACAGAAACUGAGCCUUUUUCUGGACUUCCGUGCUUGUUGAAGUUUUGUUCCUGAUUUUUGUUUUCGUUGAAGUCAAAUGCUUUUCAAUGGACUUUGGAGAGCAAAGAAGGGAUGGAUGGGAUUGAAAUGUUUUUGUAUUGCAAGCAUCCUUCUCUAUUUCCAGAUAAGGUAAGACUAUCAACUUGUAACGAACUUUUGUAGCAUGCAGCUAGCACAAGGUUCACUACUCAAGAUGCUUCCGGUGGCCCCAAAACCAAUGUGGUUUGCUGCACUGGUGCGAAUGUUUAUCUAUUUUGUUCCUGAUCAGCAAUGUAUGCUGAAUGAAUGUCAGAAGCGACUGAUGAGUGAGAGCGCUACGAAGAGCAAGUUGCCACAACGUGUUGGCUGAUUUUUUGAAGCAUAGAGUCGUCAUACAUGGGAAUUGUAUUGAUGUGCAACUCUCAUGCCAACGGUGUUCGUAUCAUAAUUCAAAAUGAUUAAUGAUUCUAAA